AUGAGCAUUCCCCAAGCUAUGAGCAGCCAUGGGAUAUUGGACAACAAAAGACCUUUUGAAGGGGAAGAUGAUGCGGUCUCACGUGGUGUAUCGGAGUCGCACUCGCAGCAGGUCUCUAGUGGGACAACCGUCGAUGGGAAUGGCGUAGAGGGCUCAAAGAAACCUAAACUGACUGAAAAUGAUGAGGACAUGGCUCUUGAGGUGCCUGCAAAGGGUGAUGAACUUCAAGAAGUGGUGAACGAGUAUGAUACGAGUGGGAAUCAAAAGAUUCUGGGAGACGCCGAAGGUUUGAAUGGUAGGUCUGACGAUGACGUGCUGACCCCAAUUACACCUAAUAGACCUGUAAGUAUCGGCAAGGACAGAAAAACUGGGAAGUACAUUUUCUCUUCAAUAACCAAGGAUGAUUCGCUCAAUGCAAGAAUGUUUUUAAAGUAUCAUGGAUUGAGGAAAUUUCUUGAUACUUAUUUACCUGAGGAAUUGAAUUCUUUGUAUCUCUAUUUUCUCAUUAAACUGUUAGGGUUCGAGAUUAAAGAUCGUGAAAUGAUUAAUGCGAUUCAUAGCUACGUCGAGUCCUCACCUUCACCCGAUGCUGAUUUGACUUUCACAGCCGUUGAGGACCCAUUGGAAAAAAGACAUGCAGUACGUUUGAUUAAGGAUUUACAAAAGGCAAUCAACAAAGUAUUAUGCACAAGAUUACGAUUGUCAAAUUUCUCCACAGUAGACACUUUUGUGAAAAGGUUGCAAAGUGCGAAGAAGAUAUUGGUUUUGACUGGCGCAGGCGUUUCCACGUCAUUGGGUAUCCCUGAUUUCAGAUCUUCUGAAGGUUUUUAUUCCAAGAUUCGUCACUUGGGGCUGGAUGACCCGCAGGAUGUUUUCAAUUAUGAUAUAUUCAUGCAGGACCCAUCGGUUUUCUACAACAUAGCUCACAUGGUUUUGCCGCCGGAAAACCUCUAUUCCCCUUUACACAGCUUCAUCAAAAUGUUGCAGGACAAGGGCAAGUUGCUAAGAAAUUAUACACAAAAUAUUGAUAACCUGGAGUCCUAUGCUGGUAUCAAGGAAGAAAAGCUAGUACAAUGUCAUGGUUCCUUCGCGACUGCAUCAUGUAUUACUUGUCAUUGGAGACUUCCUGGUGAGAAGAUCUUUAGCAAUAUCAGGAAUUUAGAAUUGCCCCUAUGUCCUUACUGUUAUCAAAAGAGAAGAGAAUUUUUCCCUCAUGACAAUGUGUCGGAUGGCGAAACUGACAAUGCUAAUAAUAAUCUAAUAAAUGCAGCAAUGAAAUCCUAUGGUGUUCUUAAGCCAGACAUCACAUUUUUCGGGGAAGCUCUGCCAUCAAAGUUCCAUAAGACGAUACGCGAAGACAUAUUGAAAUGUGAUCUUCUAAUUUGCAUCGGUACGAGUUUGAAAGUGGCUCCCGUCUCAGACAUUGUAAAUAUGCUGCCUGCUCAUGUGCCACAAGUUUUAAUUAACAGAGAUCCAGUUAAGCACGCAGAGUUUGACUUGAACUUGCUCGGCUUUUGUGACGAUGUCGCUACUUAUGUUGCUCAGAAAUGUGGCUGGGAUAUACCACAUGAUAAAUGGGAUCAGCUAAAGAAGAUGAAUUUUGAUUGCAAAGAAGAUGAGAGAGGUGUAUAUAACGUUUCGGCAUUACUACCAUCAUAG